GACAGAAUAUUGGCAGAUUUUGUUGUCAUUCUCCAUUUUGACGGCGAUCGGAUCUUCAUUACUGCUCACUCCAUCGAUGGGCUGUGUUGCUCACUGGUUCAUGGAACGCCGUGGUCUCGCCAGCGGGAUCGCUUUCAUAGGAGGAGGAUUUGGAGGAGUUUUGUUCCCACUAAUGACACAAGCGCUACUGCCACAGGUCGGGUGGGCUUGGUCGAUCCGCAUCAUCGGGUUCGUCUUACUUGCAUUAUGCGCCGUCAGCAUCGCAUUCUGUCGAAGUCGGGUCCCGCCUCGAAACGGGGUCGCUACAUCUUGGCGAGACACGCUUCCCGAUGUGCGAAUCUUCUUCGAUGGAACGGGCGCCAUGGCAUUGACGACUGUCGGGGUUCUCUUGACGGAUCUGGCAUACUUCAUUCCCGUCACCUAUGUGCCGAGCUACUAUAUCGAACGACAGAACCUGUCCGAUAGCGAAGCAUUGACAGGAUCCGCGGCGUUUGCAUAUCAACUCCUAGCGAUCCUCAACGCGACGUCGUGCCUCGGACGAGCAGUCACCGGUCACUUCGGCGACAAAUUCGGACGAUACAAUGUGAUGAUCAUAUCACUGUUUUUCUGUAUAUCUUCGGUCUUGGCGUUCUGGCUGCCAGAUAUUCUCAUUUCUCAAAUGCCCAACAAUGCUUUGCUGAUCGUGUUCGUGGCGCUAUUCGGAUUCGUCAGUGGGUCCAAUGUCAGCCUUACGCCCAUUUGCCUGGGCCAACUGUGCGAGACCCAUGAUUAUGGACGAUACUAUGCCAGCUGCUUCACCGUGGUCGCAUUUGGCGUGCUUGUCAGCAUACCGAUCGCUGGCAGCCUCCUCUCUGCUGUUGAAGCUUCUGGGAAGAAGCGGUACUGGGCUGUCGCAGUCUUUACUGGAGCAAGUUACCUCGCAUCAUUUCUUUGUUUUGUUUGCGUCCGCAUCAAGAUCAAGGGAUGGAAUUGGAGGACCAAAUGGUAGUCUACAUCGGAAGCUUGUCCUGAGUCAUAUCAUAUAUCCCGAUAAAUGUCAUGAAUG